AUGUACCCAGGCAGCACCUUGCUUCAACCGACCGCCCCAACAUCGCCUACGGAUAAGCUCGCCGCCACGAAACCCACUCAACAUAGACCCGGACGCCCAAUUUUCGAUCGCCGCCUACUCUCUCCUCCCUCGAUAUCAUAUUCAAUAAUAGUAAUGGCCUCGUCACCUCCCGCGUCGGUCUCGGGUGGCCUGGACCACGGCACAAGGCACCGCAGUACGAUGCGUAGAAAAGCACCUCCUAGCCUGUCGUCGUCCACGCCCGAUCUUCCAGAGCCGUUGCAGGAUAGCGAUGAUUCAGCGGACGAGGCACACCCCCAAGUCAUGGCGACACCAAUGUCCGUUAAUAUGAACCAAAGCAUAAUUGGUCUCAUUGCUGCGGCAGGCUCCCGUGUCGACUUCCACACACGCUUCGACGGCAACAGCAGCGACGAGGACGACACCAAGGAUUCUGUUUCCAGUCCUCCCAACAUCUCGCAAACAACAGUACUGCGCCCGAUAAAGAAGCACCAAAAGUCGCCUUCCAAACACAGACUGCUCAAGUCAUUCGCCACCCUACCGAGGCUCAGGCCCAAAUCCAAGCACGAACCCAGCAGCCUAUCCCAUGCAGGGCCCUCAACCGACGACCCCAGCCAGUCCAGUGACACCAGCGACACACAAGCGUUGACUCCUACCGAAACGACAGCUCCCACCGCUCGCCGACCCUCUGUCAUGAGUCGCAUGCUCCAGGCCAGAGCAGAAAUGUCAAGUCGACCCAGCUUCGAUAUGGAACGUAAAUCCGCCGAUUUGCGCCCAUCGGAAGAGGAUGACGAGGCAACUCCGCUGGCUCGUCGUCUAAUGGAGAUCUUCGAUUUCAGUGAGCCUGAGCAACACAUUGUGGCCAAGUCCGGCUACCUGUCUAAAAGCGGCAAACGCAACCCCAAAUAUAAUCGAUACUGGUUCCGUCUAAAAGGCGAUGUCCUGUCAUACUAUCGCGAUGCGACCAAUCUUUACUUUCCUCAUGGCCAGGUUGAUCUCAGGUUCGGUAUCUCGGCCAGUGUCACUGACACGGACAAGGAUGGGCUGCACUUCGAAGUCGUCACCAAUCAGCGCACUUACAACUUCAGAGCCGAUAGCGCCCCCAGUGCCAAAGAAUGGGUCAAAAGUCUUCAGAGAGUCAUAUUCAGGAGUCAUAAUGACGGCGACAGCGUCAAGAUCUCACUACCCAUUGAGAACAUCAUCGACGUUGAAGACAUCCAAAUGGUCGAAUUUUCCGAUACCUGCAAGAUUCGCGUCAUUGACAAUGACGAAACUUAUGCAAUUGAUGAGUACUUCUUUUCGUUCUUUUCGUUUGGUCAAGAAGCCAUCAAUGUCCUGAAAGUUCUUGUCGAGGAUUCUGCCGCCAAAAAGCAGCGAGGAAGAGAUAAACAAAUUGCUGGCACCUCUUCUCAAACGCAAGCAGGCUUGGAUAAGAUCUAUACUGGCAAAGUGCGGGAUACUGUCAAGGCGACUCUCUCCCCGCUUUCACCGGGUCGCUCGAGAGCCGCAAGCCCGCGUGGAAGUGUCGAAAUUUCAUCCAGAACUAGCAGGGAUGGGUUUGGAGGCAUUGAAAGAUCUAGCCUUGACCACCAAAGACCGCUCACGAGCCCUCUCAACGACCGCAGCCCACGCAGAAGCUUCAGUAGCUCAAGGCCGCGCAGCCGACACUCCGACGGAGGCAAGACUCCGAGGACGAGAUUCUUCACCUCGGAUUCCAAUUUGCAAUCUGAAAAGUCGUCAAUUUAUGAUCCAAGCUUCUCCAGUAUGACUGCAUCUGGAGCUGAAGAUCCUUCCGCCAGUCAGAUUCUGCAUGGCAGCGAUGCAUUUCAACGACCUACCAUUAUGCGCUCGCAGCCGACCGAUCAGGAACAGCCGAGCAGCCUGAGCCAGACCCAGAUUUUGCAUCCCGGGAGUGACGCUACCUUCCACCCCGCCCGCCACGCCGCAACAACCGGGCAUUUGGAUCAGCUGCGUCAAGAGCAUGAGCAAGAGAGCCGUGAUGAGGAGCGACCCCUCACACCCAGCCUUCAAAGCAUCACGAAAAUGGGCACCUACCCCCUGCAGAGGGCUGGUGCCUUUGCGGACUACUUGAACAAGACGAGCAAACGCAUGAGUUCACUGUUAGCCACUGAAUCUAUGGGCUAUGUGGAGAAGGUGUCAGGCAUGUGGAAAGGCGGCGGAAAGCACUAUGAUGAGCCCGCCGGCCUCCGCGCCGAUGACGACGACCUUGAAGAAGAUUCGGAUGGGAAAGUCCAAACCUCCAUGGACCGGUUCCGGGCACACUUUGCCUUGCCUGAUACGGAAAGGCUUCAGGCCACAUACUUUGGUUACAUCCUGCGCGUUUUGCCUCUGUACGGCAAGAUCUACAUCAGCGAUAAGUCCUUUUGCUUUCGAAGCCUACUUCCUGGGACCCGCACCAAGUUGAUUCUCCCACUUAAGGAUAUCGAGACUGUUCACAAAGAAAAGGGCUUCCGUUUCGGCUAUUCCGGCCUUGUCCUCGUUAUUCGAGGGCACGAGGAGCUGUUCUUUGAGUUCAGGCAGAGUGACGUCCGUGAUGAUUGUGCUGUCACCAUGCUGCAAGACUUGGAGGCACAUCGUUUCUUGGAAGGCUCCGACUCACACGCUGACGAUGCUCCGGAGGACGAUGAAUACAUUGCUGAAAGAGAUGCCUUGAAGAGGGCUCGACAGGAAGAGUAUCCCGAGCAUGAGCUAGAACUACCCCAUGACGUAUCAAGCAUACCCAACGCACCGACAAUCCUGCUUGAGGAUACAGAUGCGUCAUUCCUGAGCUUCAAACCGUCUACUCCUCUGAAGAUUACAUGCUUGACAAUUGGAUCAAGAGGCGACGUCCAGCCAUACAUUGCCCUCUGUAAGGGCCUGCUGGCAGAGGGACACAAGCCGCGCAUUGCGACUCAUGCUGAGUUCCAGGGCUGGGUUGAGUCACAUGGCAUUGAGUUUGCCAAGGUCGAAGGAGACCCCGCCGAGCUCAUGCGGCUAUGUAUCGAAAAUGGUACUUUUACCCUCGCAUUCUUGCGAGAGGCCAACUCGACCUUCCGAGGCUGGUUGGAUGAGCUUCUCGACUCUGCUUACACGGCCUGCGAAGGCUCUGAUCUUCUAAUCGAGUCACCUUCGGCCAUGGCAGGAAUACACAUUGCGGAGAAGCUUGGGAUCCCAUACUUUCGAGCAUUUACAAUGCCGUGGACUCGUACGCGUGCCUAUCCUCAUGCCUUCAUUAUGCCUGAGCAUAAGAUGGGUGGUGCGUACAAUUACAUGACCUACGUCAUGUUUGACAACAUCUUCUGGAAGGCCACCGCUCAGCAAGUCAACCGGUGGAGAAAUAAGACACUUGGUCUCCCGAAUACCAGCUUGGAAAAAAUGCAGCCGAACAAGGUUCCCUUCCUGUACAACUUCAGUCCUUGCGUUGUCGCACCGCCGCUGGAUUUCUCAGACUGGAUCAGAAUCACGGGAUACUGGUUCUUGGAUGAGGGAGACAAUUAUACACCUCCAAAAGAGCUUGCCGAUUUUAUUCAAAAAGCGCGAGAUGAUGGCAAGAAGCUGGUGUAUGUCGGCUUCGGGUCCAUUAUUGUCAACGACCCCGCCAAGAUGACUCGGGAAGUCAUUGACGCAGUUUUGAAAGCGGACGGAUGGUCGGACCGUAUUUCGUCCAAGGAAGACCCCAACAAGAAACGGCCUGACGAACCUGAAAUGCCACCCGAGAUUCACGUCAUCAAAUCCGCCCCUCACGACUGGCUGUUCAAGCAGAUUGAUGCUGCAGCACACCAUGGCGGCUCUGGUACCACUGGUGCAAGCUUGAGAGCAGGUCUUCCGACCAUUAUCCGGCCAUUCUUCGGCGACCAGUACUUUUUCGGCAGCCGCGUUGAGGAUCUUGGGGUUGGUGUGUGGGUGAAGAAAUGGGGUACCAACAGCUUUGGUAGGGCACUUUGGGAGGUGACCCGGAACGAGCGAAUGAUUAUCAAGGCCAGGGUGCUUGGCGAGCAAAUCCGAAAGGACCAUGGCGUUGAUAUGGCGAUUCAAUCGAUUUACCGUGACAUGGAGUAUGCCACAAGUUUGAUCAAACGUAAGGCAGGCAAGAAUGGGCAGCCAGAGCCUGACGAGGACGAUGAGGAGACGGAAGAGAGUUGGACGUUUGUAGGGGGGGACGAGCCCGAUCCCGACAUGGUGACCAAGAAGCUCAGCGAGGGGCUCGAGAACUUGGCCUUUGAAAGGGACAGGGCUCUCAGAGACGUCGCCGUAUCCAGCGGCGCAUGA